UGAAAAGGAUAGAUAGACCCGCUGGCGCAAAUGAUUAGCAGUGAAAGUAGUCUCGACGGAGUUUACGAGCUAGAGAUUGGAUUGGAAAAAAAAAAAUUAAAGGGAGAGACAGAGAGACAGGUUGCUCCAUGCAAAGCUAAAUUCAGUGUAAGCCUUUUACCUUACAACCUGAGAUUGCCUCCCAGAAUCGAAAGUCACUGUCAGUGAUGGGGAAAUUGGCAGCUUAGGGGUUCAUACCGUAGAAGUUCCAUUUUGAGAAUCAUUGUGCUGCUGCCCCUUCUUUCAGAGUUGUUAGCUUUCUGGGUUUCUUCCAUUUUCGGAGACAGAGGCAUAAGGAAGAAGACAGAGUAUGAUAGAGAAAGAAAGCGAGGGGAGGGACAUAGUGAAGGUGUUUAGAAGCAAAAGGGGGUCCUACUGCUAGAUUUUUGGCGGGCAGGAACAGUAACAUUCAAUGAUUUUACUUGGUUGUGGUGGUGGCUAUCUCAAUGACCCAUCUAAUCACACCUGCAUAUUGUUGUCUUCCUGGGAAAUUCGAUCAUAAGCUAUACCUCUUGUUCCACUUCUCCUGCUUUACCCUUCUUUCCGGGCUCUCUCUUGCCUCCAGCCCUUUUUCACGAGGGGGCGGUUUUGGAGGCUGCUGAAAAAAGCUAUCUGGUCAGGUUUUUGGGGCAAAAAGGAAAGCCGGAUCCUAGUCAUAUGAGCAGACCUUCAAGACUGGCGAAUGUGCUUCUGGUACUUGCAUUGUUCAUCAGUUGCAGCUCAUGGACAGUGUGGAGCAGCUCACGUUGCAAGCAUACGAACUCAGAGGAGCUUCGACCUCACAGUGUCAGCAUCACCGAAUUUGGGGCCGUAGGAGAUGGCGUCACUCUCAAUACAAAAGCAUUUCAGAAUGCCAUCUUCUACCUAAAUUCAUUUGCUGACAAAGGCGGAGCCAAGCUCUUUGUCCCUGCUGGUCGGUGGUUAACUGGUAGUUUUGAUCUCAUCAGCCACCUAACUCUGUGGUUGGACAGUGAUGCUGUGAUUCUUGGAUCAACGGACUUUAAGGAUUGGCCAGUUGUUGACCCGCUCCCAUCCUAUGGCCGAGGGAGAGAGUUACCAGGUGGAAGGCAUAAAGCCCUCAUAUAUGGCCGCAAUUUGACUGAUGUCAUCAUAACAGGUAAUAAUGGAACUAUAGACGGUCAAGGCAGUAGCUGGUGGAACAGCUUUUGGAGCAAAACCUUGGAUUAUACACGUCCUCAUUUGGUGGAGUUGAUGAAUUCAACUGGAGUUCUUAUAUCUAAUUUAACCUUCUUGAAUUCACCGUUCUGGACAAUUCACCCAGUAUAUUGCAGCCAAGUUACAAUUCGGAGUGUCACGAUCAUUGCUCCCCUUGAUUCGCCAAAUACAGACGGGAUUGAUCCGGAUUCUUCUGAUCAUGUAUGCAUUGAGGACUGUUAUAUAAGCACUGGUGAUGAUCUGAUAGCAAUCAAAAGUGGGUGGGAUGAGUAUGGCAUUUCAUUUGGCCGUCCCAGCAGGGACAUAAUCAUUAACAGGCUCAUUGGAAAAACUCAAACAAGUGCAGGGAUUGCUAUCGGAAGCGAAAUGUCUGGAGGUGUAUCAGAUGUUCAUGCAGAAAACAUUCAUUUUUUCAGCUCUUACAAUGCAAUCAGAAUAAAAACAUCUCCUGGAAGAGGGGGUUAUGUUAGAAACGUGUACAUUUCUAACAUGACCUUGUCUAAAGUAGACAUCGCUAUCAGAUUCACUGGUCUAUAUGGGGAUCACCCCGAUGACUCUUUUGAUCCAAAUGCUCUUCCUGUCAUAGAAAGGAUCACUAUCAAGGACGUGACAGGAGAACAGAUUGAACGCGCAGGCCUCAUGGAGGGUAUAAAAGAAGACCACUUUAUGAACAUCUGCUUAUUCAACAUUACUCUCAACGUGAGCUCAAGAUAUCCAUGGAACUGCUCUUACGUUCAAGGAUACUCUGACUUGGUCUCCCCAAAAACCUGUGAACCUCUCAAGGGCAGAAUAUUCCCUGAGCAUUGUUCAGACUGUUAUUAUUUGUCAAGUCACUUGCGGAGUACGAGUAAUGAACAUAGAGGAAAAAUUUCUCCUGACAUGAGUUGAUUGGAGUUGCUGAUCUGUGGUUGGUUAUGGAUCUGCGAAAUGAUAAUACUUGAGAGAUGAUUGUUUCUUGUAACUUGUGUGCAGUGACAAUAAUUGAGUGAUGUGUCGGAAAUAGGAAGUGAAUGAUUUGUUUUUAUAUGUAUUGCGUUUCUAGCUGCAUAUGCCUCCCCCCCCCCCCCCCCAAAAAAAAAAAAAGAAAAAAUAUUGAAAAUUGUAUGCUUCCAUUGAUUCGAGGAUAUUGGAGAAUUCGCCGCGGAAGACCGAGGCGGGUGCUUCUUGGCUUUUUUGACAA